AAGCACCAGCAUAAUUUCCUCUGCAAACUCCUCCUGUACAUCUUUCACUUAGAGAAUACUCACAAAUUCUUUUGUCCCUCCGUGAUAAACCUUCAGAAAAAUGGGUAUUCAUAUGCCUCGGAUCAUUCAAGCAAGACAGAUACUAAAACGGUCUUUGUCAAAUGGAACCCGCACAACAGAAACGGAUCUACCGAAAGGAUAUUUUGCAGUUUAUGUUGGAGAGCAAGAAAAGAAGCGUUUUGUGAUUCCUGUGUCAUUGUUAAGCCAGCCUUCAUUUCAGGACUUAUUACGUGAGACGGAGGAAGAGUUUGGAUAUGACCAUCCAAUGGGCGGCCUAACAAUCCGGUGUAGUGAGCAGACAUUCUAUGAUCUUGCAAGUGGCCUGGGAGCAUUUUGAAGUCAACUGACAUCAUUCUGUUUGAUAACACUUUUUUGUAAAGCACGGAUCACAUACCGUUUUGCAACAUGCGAGACUGAGUCACUUGUCCCAGUUGUAUAAAAUAUGAAUUUUGACUUGUUUGGAACACCAUGUAUAUUUUUUGACGAUAUAGGUUUACACUUGAAGGAGAAAUAAAAUUCAUUGUCAAUAUUUAAGAAAAAACCGAAGUGUCUGCUCAAUUUCAAAAAAGAAGUAUCAAUAUAGCUAGGAAUAUCACCGAUGUGCGAAACUAAAAUCAAACAUCAAGGUGUGUUUCAUUUUCCUGUUGGUAACGAUCAAAAUGCAUAAUACGGAUUAAACAUACUAUUUCUACGGGUGUUCUAUGAUUCUCACUUUAUGUCAUUAUGCAACAAUUUUGCAUAUUAAUUAGUUGUGGUAAGAAAAAUUGCAUAGAUUUAUCAUAGGACUCAUUGGCUUUAAUUUACGCGAUCCUAUGGUGUGUAAGUAAUUACAAGAAUAGUUAAAAACUGUUAUAACUCUAUUCGUAUAUCCAAUCACUAGUUCGUUGUUAAUACGAAGGAGUAGUUUUCAA